AUGCAAAAAGACUUUGCGUCGCUGAAAGAUUACUGUAACCAUGUUCAACCUAUUCAACCUUUGGAGUAUGUCUCCCGUCAGAAAAAACUGGCCGAGACUCUGAAGCGGGAAGGCGCCAGAGCAUUCAUCAUGGAACCUGGAGCCACGAUGUCCUACUAUACAAACAUCGAUUGGUCGCUGAGUGAGCGCCCUUUCCUGGUGAUUUUGCGCAUAGACGAUGAUUUACCGACAGGGCUCAAUAUGACCAUCGUCACCCCGGCAUUUGAAGCCACCCGAGCGCGUGAGAAUCUGGAUCAAGCAAAACUUCCUCCACAAAUUGAGCCUAGCAUCGUAGAGUGGCGAGAGGAAGACUCUCCGUAUGACGCCGUGGGAACCGUACUAAACGAGACUAUCCACAAAGUGUUUAUGGAAACGGAUGUCCGGCUAUUUAUUUUCGAUGGGGUCAGCAAGGUGCUCGGCAAUGACGCGGUAGAGGUGUCAUCCAAGGCUAUCCGAACAUUACGCAUGGUAAAAUCGAAGGCCGAACUGGAUAUUUUACGCUGCGUGAAUCAUGCUACGGAAUUGGCGAUUCGCAAAGUGAGGCAUCACGUGAGAGUGGGCAUGACGGAGAAUGAUAUAGCCGAUUUGAUGGAGAGCGCACUACACACAGCAGGAUUGACAAAUACUUGGGUGCUUGCGUUAAUUGAUGAGAAUGCGGCCUUUCCUCACGGAGAACCGGGCAAAACAAAGCGAGUCACAAAAGACAGCACCGUCUUGAUAGAUACAGGAGGAGAACUAUUAGGCUACCAAUCAGAUACAACACGUACAUUUUUCUUGGGACCGGAGGGAUUCAACAAGACGAUAGAAGAUGCGUGGUAUACAGUGAGACGAGCCCAAGAGAAAGUCCUAAAUCAAGCUGCGGCGGGAAUGCCAUGUGCGGAAGUGGAUUUAACCGCACGCCAUGUUAUUGACGAGGCCGGUUAUGGACAAUAUUUUACUCACCGAUUAGGCCAUGGCAUCGGCAUGGAAAUGCAUGAAGAACCUUAUAUGAAUCAAGGCAAUACAGAUCAAAUUCUGGAACCUGGAUUCACCUUUAGUGUCGAACCUGGUAUUUACGUCGCACGGGAAUUCGGAAUUCGACUCGAAGACAUUGUAGUCGUCAAUCAAGAAGGAAAACUGGAACUUUUGACUUCAGGUUUAGCACAGAAUCCAUGGUCCCUGUAA